AUAUUGAGUGUUUUGUGCAUUGGGUGAGUAUUCAGAGAGAUAAAGUUAGAAGACAGAGAGAGAGCUGAGAUAUACAGAGGAGGCCGAGACUCAGGAGACUUGUUGAUCCAGUGAGAAAUUAUUUUUCAGAACAGAGAUCGAGAGCUAUGGCAGCCACAAAAGUUAGCUUGAAGCUUCUCAUUGAUGCUAAAGCCCACAAAGUCCUCUUUGCAGAAGCUGGGAAAGACUUUGUUGAUUUCCUGUUCAACCUCCUCUCUCUGCCAGUUGGAACAGUUAUCAGGCUCCUCACUAACGAAACCAUGGUUGGCAGCAUAGGAAACCUGUACAAAAGUAUCGAAAACCUGAAUGAAGAUUACAUGCAGCCCAACCAAAAUAAGGACUUGCUCUUGAAACCCAAUCCACCAACUUCCGUAUCCAAUGUUCCUCUCUUGUUGCCUGACGAUCGUGUAUCCUCAGCUGCUACAAAGUUCUACACUUGCCAAUAUAAUUCUUUGGAUUAUUGUUAUCACAGGUGCGUGACGAACAAAGCAGGUACAAACUGUCCCUCAUGUUGCUGCUCCAUGUCAACAGAAUUGCCAUUUGUUGGUCCAGUUAAUAAGAAUGCUACUUCAACUGGCGAGGGGGGUUAUGUGAGGGGCUUAGUUACCUACAUGGUGACGGAUGAUUUGUCUGUGACGCCAAUGUCUAUGAUAUCUGGCAUUUCCAUGCUGAAUAAGUGCAAUGUUAUGGAAUUUGAUGCGCUUCAAGAGAAGGUUGUUGAGAUUGGCAUGGAUGAGGGGUUGAAGUUGUUGAAGGGUUCUUUAAAGUCAAAGGCUGUCCUCACUUAUGUCUUCCUUGGGAAGGAGGAGGCCAAGGAGGCUGAUGGAGCUAGCUAAUUGAAGUAAAGUUGAUAUGGAGUCCUGAUAGUUUUGGGCUUUUUGGAGGUAGUUUGUUAACAGACAUUAAUUUAGCUUCAAUUUUUUUUUUUUUUAAUAUUUAUUGUAUGUCGAUUGAGAAGAUGAAAAUAUUCUGCAGUAAAAAACUUCUUGGUAAAUGGAGUACUUCCUCCGUUUUAAUUAAA